AUGGGCACCAAGAACAACGUGACUGAGUUUGUGUUGUUCGGCCUUUUCCAGAGCAGGACAUUCCAGCAUGUGUGCUUCGUGAUCUUCUCCAUCUUUCACGUGCUCACUGUCCUGGGGAACCUUCUGGUCAUCAUCACCAUCAAUGCCAGCAAGACCCUGCAGGCUCCUAUGUAUUUCUUCCUCAGCCACUUGUCUUUCGCUGACGUGUGCUAUCCAUCCGCUACCACACCCAAGAUGAUCGCUGACACUUUUGUGGAGCGCAAGACCAUCUCCUUCAAUGGCUGCAUGACCCAGCUCUUUUCUGCCCACUUCUUUGGUGGCACUGAGAUCUUCCUCCUCACAGCCAUGGCCUAUGAUCGCUACGUGGCCAUCUGCAGACCUCUGCACUACACGACCAUCAUGGAUCGGUGGAAGUGCGGCUUGCUGGCGGGGGCCUCCUGGGUGGCUGGCUUCCUGCAUUCCACCUUGCAGACCCUCCUCACAGUGCAGCUCCCCUUUUGUGGGCCCAAUGAGAUCGAUAACUUCUUUUGCGAUGUCCACCCCUUGCUGAAGCUGGCCUGUGCAGACACCUACGUGGUGGGGCUUGUCGUCGUGGCCAACAGUGGCAUGAUCAGUUUGGUGUCCUUCCUCAUCCUUAUCAUCUCCUAUGUGGUCAUCUUACUGAACUUGAGAAGCCGGUCAUCUGAGGGGCGGCGCAAGGCUCUGUCUACAUGUGGCUCACAUAUCAUCACUGUCCUUUUGGUCCUUGUGCCUCCCAUGUUCAUGUACAUCCGUCCCUCUACCACCUUGGCUGCUGACAAACUUGUCAUCCUCUUUAACAUUGUCAUGCCACCUUUGUUGAACCCUCUGAUCUAUACGCUGAGGAACAAUGAGGUGAAAAAUGCCAUGAAGAAACUGUUUAGGGUCAAAGGGAGCUUGGGGGAGAAGUGA